UGAAAUAAAUUCUGACCAAAGCGUGUUUGAAUAAUGUCCAACAGUCAUUUGUUUUUAAAGUCUGGCUUCCCACGGGCCCCCCUGCAGAAUGGUUUGGGACGCUAUGUGUGCCAACUGCAGCGAAUCACGCUAAAAUUCUGCAAGAACAAUGGCUCCAGCAAAGGCAUGCGGGAUUUCAUCGAGAACCACCUGGUGGACUUUGCAAAGGAGAACCCCGGAAUUGUGGUCUACGUGAAGCCGCGUCGCCACCGCACACCGGUUCUGGUUGGCGAGUAUUUGAACGGUGAUCGCGAGUGGCUGAGCUGCCGCAACAGCACCCAGGAGGAAAUAACCAAGUGGGUCGAUCUGUUAAGGACACAAAACGGCAGCUCCAGUUCGCUGCGUCUGCGGAAAAUGUGGCACACCGAUGUACCAUCCAUCCAGGGGCCCUGGACGCCUUUUCUGCUACGCUCCCCCGAAGCUCAUGGUCAGGAAUAUCCCAGCGUUGAGGCAUCUAAGCCCUUGGAUGCUCCACAAACUGCCACCGAGAAGCUCAUUGAACUGUUCCGGCAGCAGAAACAACUGGGGGAUGAGGAUGUGUUAAGUCAAAAACGUGCAGAGUGAGCAGAGGAGUAGGGAAAGUGUAUGAUUUAAGAAUGAAAUAUAGUUAACUUUUUGGUAUUUGUUGCUUUUAUUUUCAUACUCAACAUAAUUCUGUUGGUAAAACAAUAAAUAUUUAAAAUCUAAA